UUCACUUCCAUCUCGUUGGUGACAAAUCCUGGGUACUGGUAGCCAUUUUCUAGCAUCUUGCAAGAGGACAGUGGAGUAUUUUGCUUUUUGUGUGUGCGUGAACUUUUAAGUCUGUGAUAAAUAUAUUCGUGUUAAUUGAAUCUUGACCACCAGGAAGAUGUCGGCGCUUCUUCAGUGGUUGUGUUGACGAGGUAGGUGUACUAGGAACUCUAAAUCUGACCUCCGCCUCCAGCGGACCCGAAUUCUGCUAAUAAUAAAAAACAGAACCCGCGGUUCUGAAGUAUUGGUGCAAAAAGAGGGGUUGUUUGAAGCCAUCGGGAGCCCUGGAAGGUUUACAAGUUAAAACCAUGGGCAAUGCCGCUACGGCCAACAAGAAGGGUGACUCCGCUGAAAGUGUUAAGGAAUUUCUGGACCAGGCAAAGGAGGAAUUUGAGGAGAAAUGGAAGAAAAAUCCCACGAACACAGCAAGUUUGGAUGAUUUCGAGCGUAUAAAGACUUUGGGAACGGGUUCUUUUGGAAGGGUUAUGAUCGUGCAACACAAACCAACAAAAGAAUAUUUUGCCAUGAAAAUUUUAGACAAACAGAAGGUAGUAAAAUUGAAGCAAGUGGAACACACGCUGAAUGAGAAGAGAAUUCUACAGGCAAUCAGUUUUCCUUUUCUGGUAAGCCUGAAAUACCAUUUUAAGGACAAUUCAAAUUUGUACAUGGUUCUGGAAUAUGUACCAGGAGGUGAGAUGUUCUCACAUCUUCGUAAGGUGGGGCGGUUCAGUGAACCCCAUUCACGGUUUUAUGCAGCACAGAUUGUACUGGCGUUUGAGUACCUGCACUAUCUGGAUCUGAUCUACCGUGACCUCAAACCAGAGAACCUUCUCAUCGACUCCCAAGGUUAUCUCAAGGUCACAGACUUUGGGUUUGCCAAACGAGUCAAGGGCCGAACCUGGACCCUGUGUGGAACACCAGAAUAUCUAGCACCUGAAAUCAUUCUCAGUAAGGGCUACAACAAGGCAGUAGAUUGGUGGGCUCUGGGUGUCUUGGUGUAUGAAAUGGCAGCUGGUUAUCCACCAUUCUUUGCUGAUCAACCCAUCCAGAUCUAUGAAAAAAUUGUGUCAGGCAAAGUACGUUUCCCUUCACACUUUGGCUCGGAUCUGAAGGAUCUGUUGAGGAAUCUGCUCCAAGUGGAUCUGACGAAGCGCUAUGGUAACCUCAAAAAUGGUGUGAACGACAUCAAGGGCCACAAAUGGUUUGCCUCAACCGACUGGAUAGCAGUGUUCCAGAAGAAAAUAGAGGCUCCCUUUAUCCCCCGUUGCAAGGGACCUGGUGAUACGAGCAACUUCGAUGACUACGAGGAGGAAGCGCUGCGAAUCUCUUCUACUGAGAAGUGCGCCAAGGAGUUUGCCGAGUUUUGAACUGUUCUUGUCAGUUGCUUGUAUGAAUCCCGCAACAGAAUUUAAUGUAAGAGUACAAGUCUGUUUUCACUCCCACAUGUAGUAUGACCUCCGUCACAUGUUCUAAAUUUGUUGAUAGCCAAUAUGCAUGUGAGGAAGGGAAUUGUGCCCCGUGUGCAUGUUGCCAGUAUCUAGUUUCUUAUGCCUUUCCAGAUUCAUUCCUACAAGUCCUGGGAGGUUUUAUUGUAUUCCAUGAAUUACAUCGUAGGCUGUGCCAGCUAUAUGGUUGAGAAGACAGUGGAACCAGUGAGAGUACAUGGCAAUAUGUCAUUAGUUACUGCCCUCUGGAAUUACUGGUAGCUGUUUCUUUUAUAUAAAGUAAUUCUACAUGAAGUGAAAUGUGGAAGCAGAUUGUACAUACAGUAGGUAAGUUUCUUGCAUUGUUUGUAAGAAGCCUGCUUGAAAGCCAGGGUGCGAGAUUAUAAAUUUCUUAUAUCAGGUGAUUUGGUGAGACUGUUGGAGAUGGCUUGAGUGCUUGGGAUGGUACAGUACCUCAUGUUAGAUUGAAGUGUAUGUGUGUAUGAUCCAGACCAGUGAAGUGACUUCAGUUUUUGCACUUGUUGUACUCAGUAUUUUACUAUGAUCAGUACUAAUUUUGACAAUUGGUUGUGGUAAACAAAUAUUAGUGCCUAUUUGAUUUAUCAUUAUUGUAGAUUGUAUUUGUUUAGGCAGUUUUUGGAGCUGAUGUAACUUUAACAUGAUACUUGUGUGGCUUACCUUAUAGUUACACACAGUAUAGACAAUUUGAAUUUAAUUAGAAAAUGUGACACAAAAGUACAUAGGCAUAUAUAUAUUUUGGGGGGGAAGGGGUUAUAAUACUAAACAUCAUAUAGUUCUUUUGUAUCUUAAUUUUGUAUACAUGCAGAUUUUUAUUUCUCUGUUUGAGAUCAUGCAACUGUUAAAUGGGAUGUAAUACCAUUGUCUGAUUUCAGCACUUCACAAAUUGAGUACUGCUAAUUGUGUUUAUUAUCGGACAGGACUUGGGCAGUGGAAAACUGCUCUGAGUGAAGCUAGUAGCAGCCAAGCUGUUCAGCAGAAUUUGUGUCUGAGUGGCUGGUGUUAACCUAUUUAUAUUCGGAGAUGAUUAACUCUUGGAUGUGCUCCAAGAAAGAAAUGUUGAAUUGUCUGACUAGUGCACAUUUAUACAGAGUUUAUUUAAUAUUCAUUCAAAUUUGUUUAUCAUGUUUCAUCAGAAAGUAAACAGACAUAUGGUAAUACUGUACUAACCUCAGUGCCAUCAAUCCCAUCAUGAUGUCACUGUUGGUGUACAGUUUUUUCAAGUUUGUGGAAACAUUUGAUGAUACCAUCGUAGAGGAUGUUUUUGUGAUGAAACAUGUUCUGUUGAUAAAGUGUUUGGUUUCAAAAGCAGAUGGGUCUGGUACUCACAUCCCAAGUAACCUCUGCAGUUCAGCGCGGAGCAUGCUGGUGUUACUUGUUUUAUAAAUAGUAUGGUGUACAGAAGACUUCCAAGUGUUAAGUUCUCUUCAUAUUGUUGUCAUCUCAUUUUGUAGCAUAAAUUUGUCGUACUUUGUAAUUGAAACAAGAUUUUUUAAAGCAAUCAUGCUUCAGUGCCAUUUUUACACUUGUAUCAUACCAGUACUCAGAUGUUUCAUGGAUUCAUGUCUGUUCAAAGCUUUUUUUGUUGGGAGUUGUCGUGUGCAUUCUAUUUACUUCAGUAAUGUACUGAAUAAUGUAUGCCAUAUGUUAUCGUUUUAAGAUGUAAAAUUUCGCACCCUGCAGCAAUACAUCAUCAUCACAUGCCUCCUAGAGGUGACCUGAAUUUUAUGUUUGGUGGUUCCUCCUAUGCUGUGCAUAUAGGAGAUUAAUUAUGGCAGCACCAUAAAUAGGCAGCCAUUAGAUUCCAUGCAUUAGCACUGGACAGUUUUAUUGCAGUAUUUGUGUUUUGUUAUUUUUGAAAUAGUUUUACCUCUGCUGUCGUGAUCUGAAUACAGAAUAGUCUGAAGUGUAGUUUUGAGUUUGUUAAUAGGUACUGGUUUUGAACAUUAUGUUAUUCAUAGACUCAGUUAUGUGUUGAGACUGCUGACUGAAACUCACGAGAGCUGAGUGUGUACGGUCAUUGCCAGUAUGUGUAGUGUGUGUUUGCCACUGUGUUAAAUUUAAGUGAUCCCUGCUUAAUCUAAAGAAUAAGUGAAGAAGCGUGUGGAACGGUGUAGGACUUUCUCUUUAAUUCAGUUCCAUUUGUUAUGCAAUGGGAAUUUUAAGAUAAUGAAAUUCUUUUUUUAAGUCCCACAGUACGGUCCAUCUAUCUCUGACAGUGUUUAGCAGUUCUUGUUCUACAUUGAUACGAGAUAGAGUUUGUUGUACAUACCUUAUUACAUAAUAUGAAAUUAUUACUUGCAUGUGUUGUACUUAAUACAAUUUUAGGACUUUGUAUGUAAAUGUUGCCAAAACAACACUGCUGUGCUGAAGAUUAUUUUACACAUAUAAUAGAAUAUUUUUAUGGCUUUAAUUAGAAUGUUUACGGUGAGGAGUCAAAACAUGAAACGCAAUCCUAACUUAUUAUCGUUACUACUAAUGUACCAUAUCUUAGCAAAGCACUUGGAGAGAUGUAUUCACUCCAUCCCUAUUGGUAGGCUAGAAAUUGCAAUUGGAAGAAAACAGUCCUGAAAAAUACGCUUUUUUCCUCUGUUUUUUUGUUAUUAUUUUUUUAAAAUAUGUCUUUUGUAGAUAUAUUACUGUGCUGUUAAGUUUCAUUGUUUUGUUCUUCCGUCUACACUAACCUUAUACAACAGACUUAUUAUACUUGAUAACAGUAGCUUUACAGUUUGCGAGGCUAAAAGAGAUAUUUACAGUGUUUUAAGAAAAAGGAAAAAAAUAAAAUCCAGGUAGAAUGAUUGAAUAACUGUUGUAUUAACAGUGUUUAAUUUUUAUAGAUCCGCAGUUCAUACACUGUGAAUUACAGACCUUUUGUAUUCAGCCAAAACCAGAUUGAACAAUAUUGUCAUUUAAUUAUUUCACUUUACAAAAAUAAAUUGAUAUUAGUAUUUA